CCUAAGCUCAACUGCUCCAGGGUGGGCUUCACUGGAUGGAAGUCACGGUCAGCCAACGCUCACUAUAACAAUUUCUUACCGAUAUGUAUAAGUCUUGCGAUAUCAAGACUGACUUGAGGUCUAGGAAUACAUGUCGCAAUUUUAAUGACGGUUGCGCAGCGUAAUUAUUGAACAAGAUGUCGUCUGCCAACCAUUUCAUCGGUUUUAACUCCACCUUUGCUUCGACGUCAUGACCUCGACCUCAGUCCGUCACCACCGUUAGAUAAUCAAGAACCCUAUCUCAUGCGAGUUCUACUUUCGACUUCAUCAAGAAAACUAAGUUUCAUAAAAAUUAACACCAGAUCCAUCAUGACAAACGUCGACACUUCUCUGCCUCCAGAACCGAGUGGCGCAGCCGCUAAGUUUGCAGCCCAGCAUGCUGAAGAGCAUCCGCUGAAGCUCUACGGAGGCUGGUUCUGCCCUUUCGUCCAACGGACUUGGAUCACUAUUCACGAAAAGAAGAUUCCUCAUCAAUAUGUAGAGAUCAACCCAUACAAGAAAGAGGCUCACUUUAUGGCCAUGAAUCCCCGUGGAUUGGUCCCUACUCUUGCAGUACCCGUUGACCCGAAGGGCAAGGCGCAGAAGCCUCUGUUCGAGAGCAACAUCAUUUGUGAAUAUCUCGAUGAGGCAUUCACGGACGAGUCUAAGUAUGGGCCUCGACUUCUUCCUACCGAUCCAUAUGAGAGGGCAAGAUGUCGUAUCUGGAUCGAUCAUAUCAGCACACGCAUCAUUCCCUCCUGGUACAAGCUUAUACAGCACACUCCCGACAAGACUUUCAGCCUUGAUGAGGCAAGAGAAGAACUGAAAGGGCGCAUCAAGUCGCUCGUUGAGGAGAUGGACCCUGAAGGCCCAUGGUUUCUGGGCUCGACUCUGAGUCUUGUGGAUAUUUGCUUAGCACCGUGGGCGAAGCGCCUGUUCCUAAUUGAUCACUACAAGGAGGGCGGCCAUGGUAUCCCGCAAUCUGGAGAGGGUAAAGAUGGAGAGAUUUGGAAGAGAUGGAAGAAGUGGUAUGAUGCAAUUCUCAGUCGCGACAGUGUGAAGGAGACCUGGAGUGCCGAUGAACGAUACAUCAUUGCGUAUAAGAGAUAUGCCGAGGAUACUACCAACUCUGAAGUUGGUCAGGCUACUCGUUUGGGCAAGCGUCUUCCUUGAGGGGUUUGAGUAACGGCUAUUAGCGAUAUACAGUCGCAAACAUUGUUAUUUCGGCUUUUGUUCGACUCGGAUAACUCUUUUCUCUCAUGCAUAGGCAUCUAAGAGUCAGAACAUGUUUCAUUUCACUCCUUCGCAUAGUACAUCAAAGCUGAUAACUAUGAAUAUGAGCCACAGGGACACCGAGGAUGCUGUUCCCGUUUUCAUAGUCCAUUGUCGACACGACGCCAAAUUUUCGUUCGUUACUUCAUGUAAUGGCAUGAGAACGACUGCCGAAUAAGUUUGUUCUCUCAAUAAACAGGUGAUGUCACUACAUUUACCUUGAUCGCGAUACAAUGGUCACAUAUAAAAAAGGGUCUUUACAAGCUGUUGAGAUUUAUUUGCUCAAAGGCCAAUGGCACGUAACCAUCUUCUAGAGCCAAUCGCUUCGGUGAAUCGCCCGUGACAAUGCAGAAGGCCUUCGAGAACACGGCACGAGCCUUCCAUUACUCGCCUAGAGAGAUGGCGAGGCAAAGGUUCAACGUAGCAUCGCAGUCAGUAAAAGUCCGAAAUGGUACAGAUGGGCGUUGUUGAACACCGACGGUGGCUUAAGCCACUGUGAUCCACGAAAGAGCCGCACUUUUGCAGUGGGAUACGAAGCUGUCUGAAGAUACACCACUUCAAGACUCGGUCAGAUACUGGCUCUUUGUGGAAUAGGAGCUAUUCAAAUGCUUGACAAAAGUCUAGACCUUCAAAGUACAAGGCGUAGAGGAGGGAAGCAAUCAAGGAGGUAGCCAAACAAUAAGGAGAUUUCACAUAGAAACGAAGUCCUCGCCUUCUGCGAGGUUCACCCUCGACCUUCACACAAGACCAUUCGGUACCUAGACAGUGGACGGCAUUCUUCAGUACCAUCCAAUACUCGAAAUGGUACAAAACCACGCAUCAUCUCACAAACAAAGUCCCAGACUUCCGACAGCGGGAUCGCAAAUGUCCCGUCGUCAAUCGGCUCCGGCGUCGGCGGCCGGUAGGAUACCGAUACGGGCCGUCGCACAUGCUCUAAACGUGGCUCUGUGACCGUACGAGGCAGAUGAGCGCUCAAAAGACAAAAACUCGCAAGAUAUGAAAAAACACGGCAAUUGAGCAGAAUAGAGGGAAAAACGAUGUCACGUAAACAUCAGAAGCCCACAUCCACAGGGACUAGGUGCCUAGUAAUUCUUGUUUGCCUGUCGAUAUGUUUAGCAACACCAUGCAUGACGGGGCGGGAUGCAAGUCAUGAGCUGAGAGGCAAGAUCCUUGCCGAGGCCUUCUGGGGUUCCACAGGCCUAAGUUAGAUCUCUAGCGGUCAAUGCCAUGGAUCGGGUAGCGUCGUGAAAUGUCAACGAGGCAAUCGCCCGCAGACCGCUCUCUUGGAGUCAAGUGAUAGCCGUCACUGGAAAUUGUCUGUGGUACGCUUGCUUAAUAAACGUGUACAUCUGGAUUCAUUAUUGACAGAAACGUUGCAGACGGUGGAUGAACAGUAAAGCCACCUGACGGUCACCGUAACAGGGCCCAGCCUGUCGCUGUGCCUCUCCCCGUGCCUGUACAAACAUUCGAUGGCCG